AGUCGGCAAUCAGUUCGAAAACGACUUUCAUCCGUAACAGACAUGUAAACGGCAAUCAUUCGAUUACCUGMGACGAAAUAAAAUUUACCUUACAGUAAGUCAAUAAUAAGCUAAAGGAAAGUUCAAUGCAGGCGCAUUACAAAGAGUGGCAGUGAAAAUUGCUAAAACCAAAUUAAUAACAUAUUUUAAAAAUAAAGCGGACGGUGAAAUAGAUAAGUGUAGAAAGCUGAGUGAUAGUGUACGCCGGUAGCUGCAGCAUCUCCAAAUGCUGAGUGAGCAAUGGGCAAAGAGCCGAGCAAACAACCGAAUAAACACUAAUUAAUGCUUUUGCGUUACAAAGAAACGUAUAGAAAAUAAAAGUAGAAAACUAAGAUUCCACAUAUUGUGUAUGUAGUGACAAAUAGAAGCAAAGGUGAAAUGUGCAGGUGAACAGUGAAUUUUAGCCAACAAUUGAGAAAUGUUGCAUUAAGAAAGAUGAUAAUGUGUUCGAAAGUUCUUCAUUUGACUUCCCAGUGCAACAACUGGUGCGUGACAACUGAAUUAAUCAAAUAAGCGCUGCGUAAUUGAUUAGGCUAAAAGCUGUAAGAAUUUCAAUUACAUAGUAUACAAAUGUAAUCGCCGCACAUUAUUCAAGACCAUAACACCACCUAAAAAUAUUUCAUGUAUAUAAAUAUUAGGUCAACAAAAGAAAAAUAUAUUGGGUGAACGCUUAGUAACUCAAAUUGGAAAAGUGCAACCAAGUUUAAAAAAAUAUUUAUUGUCGGUUCAUAUAAAUCUGAAAGAAGUAUAGAAGCGAAAGCAAUAUAAGCUUUAAAUCCUUGAGGUGUUAACGAAAUGAAAAAAAUGAAUGCUAGUAAGUUGGACACAGCAAUAAUGUUGACAUCAUUGACAGCUAAUGCAACCAGUACAAAACUGGAACAGCACACCAAGCCCAUGCUAAGUCCAACACGAUCCCUUGACGAAGGUUUUGAAAGUGAUCCGGAUCGGGUGUCCACCGAUUCGGAGCAUCAAACAAGUGGAACGAAUUGCAAUAGUGGUAGUAGCCAUAAUAACAAUAGUCAGAACAACAAUAGAAAUAGUGUUGCAGAAAAGCACAACAGUGGCUCGACACUAGCUCAACUAUCGUCAGCGGCCACGGGGGGUCUAACAGCAUCGACAGCAUCAGUAUCAGCGUCACCAAUGACAACAAUAGCAAGCUUGACUGCCACAUCUAGCGUGUCCACAACGGUAGCUCAAAAGGCAAACAUAAAAACAGAUUUGCAUAAACUGCGCUUGCUAACAAUGGUCGUUCCGCCGUCUCAAAUUGCACGCCGACAGCCGGCGAUUAGUGCGACACCUGCUGCAACUCCUGCAAACUCCAACAACUGUCAAUAUGCUGGUUCUGACGCGAAGUCGACAUCCGACACGUCAAUGGAUACGUUUCUAAAAGACCAGCAACAGCAGCGACGUAGCUCAGCAGAGUCAGCGCACAAUAUCAACURUCCGAUCGAUGUGACAACAUCAUCAUCUUCAAGUGCUUAUGUCAAUAACAACAAUAACAAAAAUCAUUUACUUAUGCAAUAUCGUACUGGAUCCAACUUGGCUGCUCUCACCGCCAAUGUGGCACGCGCCAGCGGUGCUUUAACCAAAUCCACAAGCAAUGGCAGUGGCUCGCCGUUGCCCUCACAUCGUUUACAAUAUCAAAAGCAACGUCAACCAAUCUUAGCCUCUGCCGCCGGUCAUCAGACCGUACACAAUCAUCGUUACGCUGCCAGUAGUACCGGCAAUGGAGGGGGCAUAACUAGUGGAUUUCGACGCGCACGCACACGGGCAAUGUCUCCCGCAAUGGUAAAUAGUCUAUCAAGCAACAGCCAUGGCGUCAGCAACAAUACAGUAGCCAGCAUUGGUGGUAUGCAAGUUCACACUUCACGCACUAAGCUUCUUUCACGCAACACCAAUAUGCGUUCACAUUCAGUUGAUGCCGUUUCACGCCACCGUAAUGGAUAUGACCCGACCAAUGCACUCAUUCUUAAGCAUGAAGGCAGUGGUGUCACAAGUUCGGGCAAUCAUAGCGUUCACAGUGCUGGCGGUACCAGCAACACCGCCAGCAAUACACGAAUGAUGAACUACAAAUACUGUAGUGGGAGUGUGGGAACCGGCACUACAAGCGCUGGUCAAGCUCUACUAGUACAGCCUAUUUCUAGUGCAACUUUGUCGACGAGCACAGCAGCAGUUUCACUCCCAGCCGCUACUACAGUUCUUAAUCCAGCGAAUGCUGUUGAUGCCGCUGCUGCGUUGGUCGCAGCCGCUGGUGGAUCACCAGUUAUCGCUUCGGCCACCAACAGUUUGUACACGUUCUACCCUGCCGAAGGCAAUUUGCAAGUAUGGCAAUCUGAGUGCGGCGACCUCACGUACAAAUCAUCGCGCAAUCAGCACACGCACAAGGCGCCGGUUUGUUGGACACAAUCGAUACCAAGGCAAACAAGACGAUACAUUACUCCAGCCACCGCAUCUAACGGCAGUAGCGCUGCCAGUAUAAUCUAUCCCUCCACGAAUGGGCAAGUGUACAGGGUGAAUAAUGUGCCGUUAUCGCAGGCAAAUGUUGUGAACAUUUCCUCUUGUAACAACAAUAACAAKGGAAGUGCGGACAAUGUGGACGGUUAUCACAGUGAGAACAGCAUGGGUAACAAGGACAUAAACUCGCCGAGUGGAUUCUCACAAAAAUUAAAAGAAUUAGCGGCAUCAGCAGGCCUCUUAACACUAAAGCCACGACAUCCGCUAAAACCAGUAAUAAAAACGCGUGGCUCACAAGGAUCCGAAUUUCCGAAGAAGGUCACAUUCAGUGCCUUCGCUACCGUACAAGUAUUGUAGUGUUCAGGCAUAGCUAUAGCUUAGUAAUGGCCAAAAUGUUGGUUGGGAUGAUUCCAUAUGUAUGUAAAAAAAAGUGGAAUUUUAUUGAUUAAUUUUCUGUUUUUUCGUAAAUAUUGAAAAUUCCAAGCUUGGGCAUUGGCGCCUCGCUAACCAACAUUAUUGUUGUUAUUCGUAAUUCUAAUUACACAAAACUUACAGAUGUACGACGUAUUGGUUCGAAGUAAAAGUCUUACGUACAUAUGUAUGUACUUACCUAUGUAUAAACAAAUUUAGUGAGUAAUAUAUAUUUGAAUUGUUUUUGUU